AUGAAGGGUAUGCGCAUUACAACAGAAAAAGAAACUUAUUCCGUCCAGGAGUUGGUAGGAGAAGGAACGUUCGGUGCAGUAUACAGGGUAGCCACAUCGAAAAGCCCAACAAAAAUUCACGCAAUGAAGUGCGAAGUGAAGAAAGGAAAGGUGCAGGAAUCUAAACUAGAAACGGAGAUAACGAUUCUCAAAUUGCUUGGUGGACGCAAGCACUUUACUGAAUUGAUUGAUGUGGGCGAUCAAGGUACAUUCCGAUUUUUCAUCAUGGAGUUGGUUGGCAAGAAUCUCUCCGAUCUAAAGAGGGCACGGUCGAACUCGAUUCACAUUCUCGACUUUGGCAUCUCACGGAAAUAUGGUCAAGGGGAAACCGAAUCAGUCAAAGAAAGCAAGUUCAAGAAUAUGUUCCUAUGUGGCGUGAAAAGUAAGCGGGUCCUUCUUAAGGUGAUCAAGUACCUCGACAAAUUAUCCUGUAACGAUCUGGCGGAUUACAAGCUUUUAUCUGGCAUUAUACACGAG